AUGGCUGGCGAGAUUCUGAAGGCUGCCAAGUUGGCGUCGAAUGCGAUACCCGUUCAGAAGAAAUAUACCCUUCAAUCCACUGGGAUAUGGGAGCGUUUUCGCCGCAUCUUUGCACUUGUUCCCGACCGCUCGACUGGUGUUCCGUUGAACUCUCAGUUUCGCAACCCUACUCCAGGAGCUCUGCCCCCGCUAUCUUAUGAUGACCCUAUAACCAUACCUGCUGGUGAUAUUGCCGAUAACCCUUACUGGAAGCGAGACGUUCGGAGAAACUAUCCCAAACUCAGCACGGUGAAGCAGGCCGAUGUUGUCGGUCUCCUCAGCGUGGGCAGCCAUGCCGCACCGAAAGACGAUGUUCUUCAGAUUGGAGAAGCAGGUUCCAAGCAGCUAGCUGCCGUGAAGCAAGAAGGAGAGGAGCGCGGGCUGGCCGCUUUCUUUGAGAAGGACAAGAAAGGUGCCGAGGGUGUCCUAGCCUCCAAUGGCUUACCGGUGACACCAUGCAACCUGAAUGCUUCGUCAAAGUAUAAACUAGAUGGCGAACAUGGUUACCCUAACGUUUAUCCUUGUCGCACUUUUGUUUGA